UAUUUCACUCAUUUUUCUCCACCUGCUUCACAUUCCAAGAUUUUGUUGAGCCCAGUAACACUACCACCACACCUAAAAGCUAAAACCCUAGCGUUUUCUCCUCCUCUUCUUCUUCAUCUAUAUAAACCUCCAUUACCCCUCUGUUUUUUUUCAGGGUUAAACAGCAGUAGUAGCUGAAAAAAUGGAGCUUUGUGUACCUCAAACCUUCUCGAAUCUUCCAAAUUAUAGGCUUAGUAAUCGAGCUCAACUCCAAUGGAGACCCUCUCUUCUACUAAAAAAAAACCCAAAAUCUCGAUUCAAUUCAGGAUUAUUUUACCGUAAAGGCUCAGCUGUUAGAACAAAAGCAGAGACAGAGGCUUAUGAGUUAUAUGUACCUUCUACGGUUGAGGAGAAAGACGAUGGAGCUGUUAGAUCAAAAGCAGAGACAGAGGCUUAUGAGUUACAUGUACCUCCUACGGUUGAAGAGAAAGAUGAUGGAGCUGUUCGAUCAAAAUCAGAGGAAGAGCCUUAUGAGUUAUAUGUACCACCUACGGUUGAAGAGAAAGAUGAUGGAGCUGUUAGAUCAAAAUCAGAGGAAGAGGCUUAUGAGUUAUAUGUACCUCCUACGGUUGAAGAGAAAGACGACGGAACUGUUAAGAAUGGAGCACCAGUAGAAGAUUCUAGGACUGCCGCAGACACGGAUGCUUAUGCGUCUUUGAUAUACGAACCUCCUAAAGUCGAAGAGAAAGACGAUGAAGCUGUUCAGAAUGGAGCACGAAUUGAAGACUCUAGUAAAGACAAAGAGACGGAUUCUUAUGCGUCUUUGAUAGACGAACCUCCUAAAGUUGAAGAGAAAGAUGAUGGAGCUGUUCAGAAUGAAGCACCAAUUGAAGAUUCUAGCAAAGACAAAGAGACAGAUGCUUAUGCAUCUUUGAUAUACGAACCUCCUAAAGUUGAAGAAAAAGAUGAUGGAGCUGUUCAGAAUGGAGCACCAAUAGAAGAUUCUAGGAAAGACGAAGAAACAGAUUCUUAUGCAUCUUUGACAUAUGAACCUCCUACAGUUGAAGAGAAAGAUGAUGCAGCUGUUCAGGAUGAAACACCAGUAGAAGAUUCUAGGAAUGAUAAAGAGACGGAUGCUUAUGCAGCUUUGAAAUAUGAACCUCCUAAAGUUGAAGAGAAAGAUGAUGGAGUUGUUCAGGAUGAAGCACCAAUAGAAGAUACUAGAGAAGACAAAGAAACAGUUUCUUAUGCAUCUUUGACAUAUGAACCUCCUACAGUUGAAGAGAAAGACGAUGAAGCUGUUCAGAAUGAAGCACCAAUUGACGAUUCUAGUCAAGACAAAGAGACAAAUGCUUAUGUGUCCUUGACAUAUGAACCUCCCAAAGAAGAUUCUGCCGUUCAAGCUGAAGCACCAAUAGAAGAUUCUGCUUUGGAGUUUGAAUCGCAAUUGUCCAAGUUCUUUGACACGCUAAAUAUUAAGUAUGAUCCUAAAGAUUCCUCUUCAAUUAUCCUAUUUGGUGGUGCUGUUCUCACUGCUCUUUGGUUGACAACUUCAAUUGUUGGAGCCAUCGACUCUGUUCCUUUGUUUCCUAAAUUAAUGGAAUUGGUGGGUCUUGGCUACGCUCUCUGGUUCACCUCCCGUUAUCUACUAUUCAAGAAGAAUAGAGAUGAGUUUGCUGCUAAAAUUGAAGAUCUUAAGCAGAAGACGUUAGGUUCUCGAGAUGAUUAAUUUUUACUUGGAGAGAACUUGUGUUUCUUUUUAGUUUUGUGCAAGAAGGAGCUGUAUCUUAUAGUAGAAGAGAUCUAUCCAUGCCAGUGUGAAUAAUAGAAAUCUGUGUAUAUGCACAUUUGUUUUCUCGAACUCACGAUCUAUAAAUCACAUGAAAAUAACUUUAUCACUGUAUCGUA